AUGCGGGGGGUCUUCCAGCUUCUGAGAAAGGCCGAGUGUCACUUCAUUAACGGCACGGAGAAGGUGAGGUUCAUGGACAGGCACUUCUACAACCGGGUGGAGUUCCUGAGGUUCGACAGCGACGUGGGGGAGUACGUGGGGUUCACCCCCUGGGGGGAGAAGAAUGCCCGGUAUUGGAACAGUCUGCCGGAAUUCCUGGAGAACAGACGGACUGAGGUGGACCGUUACUGCCGGCACAACUACGGGAUCAAUACCCCGUACAUCGCGGAUCGCAGAGUGCCCCCCASCGUGUCCAUCUCGCUGGCGCCCUCGAGCUCCCAGCCCGGCCCCGGCCGCCUGCUCUGCUCCGUGCUGGAUUUCUACCCUGCCCAGGUGCACGUCAGGUGGUUCCAGGGCCAGCAGGAGCUCUCGGAGCACGUGGUGGCCACCGACCCAAUCAGAGCGCGUUUCGCUGGUGACUCAUCAGCUGCCAGGCAGAACCUCUGA